AUUAGUAGAUUUUGGCUCGACAAGGUCAUACAUCAGCAGGGACAAGAUAAAGAAGUGCAAAAUAACUGAACAGUGCUAUACUUGAGCAUGGUUCCGUAGGCCGUGAAGAGGUGUUUCCACAAUUGUGAGAGAAAGCGAGGAUCACAGUCACUGAUGAUGUUCUCGGGGAGGCCGUGAUGGCGAGCAAUGUGGUCGAAGAAGAGUGUGGCGACGUCUUUGGCACUGUGCGGGGUCGUGCAAGCAAUGAAGUGGGCACAUUUGGUCAAGCAGCAGACAACGACGUAGAUGCAAUCAUGCCCACAGUUGGUCUUGGGAAGACCGCAGACGAAGUCCAUGGAGAUGGACUGCCAACGGAUGGAGGAGACGGUGGUGUUGUCAGUGCGGAUGGUGAUGUAUUGCCCGUCGAGGUACGGACACCAGACUUUGAGGGUGUGGAUCACGACGAGAAGUUCCUUCUCGUUGGAGGGGUAAUUCAUCUCCGCGGGAAGAAGCUUCUUGCUAGCGAAGGCGAUGGGGUAUUCGCCGGGUGGAGCCUCGGGGUGAGUGCGGGAGUUCUUGAUGGAGGGGGUGUCGGCGGUGUCAUGAGGGAAAUGUUGGGACAGUACGGCUCCAAUGGCGAAGUCGGAGGUAUCAGUGGUGACAUAGAAGUGGCGGGUGGGAUCGGCGAUCUUGAGUACGGGGACCGUGGUGAUGGAGUGGAGGAGGUUGGCGGGGGUGUGUUGCUGGAGGCGGCUGUGGAGGAGGGAGUGGUUUGCGCUGUGGAGGAGGGAGGUGCGGCCGUGGUGACGACCGUGAUGAAGGGGUUGUUCCCUUCGAGCGUGGUGACGCGGUCAGAUAUGGACGGCAUGGUGGCCUUUGUGUCGUCGAGAGAGGCGGUGACGGGGCUUUGGAAGGUGUUGAGUGUGUGGAGGAUGGCGGAGAGGUCGGAGGUGGCGGUGUUUGCUGGUGGUUGUUCGCCUGCGAGGUUGCCGGCGAUGCUAUCGACCGAGUCGGUGCGGAUAUCAAACAUGUUGAUGGAGGAUGCGGCCAUGUCGGGGGAAGAGGGGGUGGAGGACACAACUGGAACGGAUGUGGAGGAUGCAGCAGCAGCGGUGGCGGCGGCAGCGCGUUGGGAGUUCUUGGUUUGGCGUGGCGGCAUGUGGAGGGAUAUAGAGAUGUCGGACACGGAUGGAAUCAAGCGGGGCCCGGCUGCUACGCCGGAAGACUUUGUCAAAGCGUUGGAGAAAAGAGAACUGGCACGACUACAGGUGCCGAAAGUUGACAUCUUCCUGUUCGAUGGGGAUGGGGUGUCAGAAUGGUUGGAGUUAUUGGAACAGGUUACGAGUGAGGCAUCAAAACUUGACAAGUUCAAAUUGAUGCCAAGGUAUGUCUGGUGGGAGCUCAGGCCAGAGGUCAGGAAAGUAGCGACCAGUGCGAAUGGAGACUGGUCAAAAUUCAAAGAGGAGAUGCAGAGGCGCUUCAAGUUGGGAGAUGGCGUGCUGACAAAGGCGGACCAAGAGAUGUUGAGCCGGAACGAGUUCACUACGGUGCGAUGGUAUGGACAAUGGGUGAGCUUCGGACCUCCGGGCCCUUGGCCAGGUUUUAACCCCUAUACACCAUGGCCUGUUAGCGGGCAAUUCGGUUCCUAUGGUGGGCCACAAAUGAGCAUGGCCUCGUGUGGGUACUCAAGGCCCCAAGCCCAGCAGGCGAGCCAGUCCCGAGUCAAUCGCAACAGUCUGCUCCGCAAGGGUCGCAGGGCAAUCAGGGCGGUGGUCGAGGCCAAGGCCAAGGAUGGGGACGAGGCAGAGGGAAUGGUGGCCGUGGUGGAAAUGGAAGAGGAAAUGCGGGCCGUAACUCCAAUGAAGGAGGAAAUGAGGGUUGGAAUGACGGAGGGAAUCAAGGCGGCCAACAGGGUGGCCGAGGAUAUGGCAGAGGUAGAAUUAGAUUGGAGGAAUGCCAUCUGUUGGCAUUGUGGCCAGAAGGGCCACACGAUUAAGUUUUGUCGGGUCUGGAGGAGCGACGAAAAUGAUGGGUUGAUGAGUACUAAUUACGAUGGGGAUAUCUACGAUAUGUAUGGGAAAUACAUCGACCCAAGGACCCCAGGAGGGACGAGAGAAGAGGCUUUGCGGAGAGCAAAUGCCCCGCCUCCAGCAGCUCCUCCGGCCGCGUUCCGCAUGUGGCAGGAGAAAGAAGUCUACCAAGAUGUAAGGGUGGAAGAGGUAGGGGAGAGUGAAGAAGUUGAGCAGGGAAUGAAAACCGACAUUGUAAAGGAGGAACCUAUAGUGGUUGAACCUGACGACGAAGAAGAAGGAGGCCAGAUAGAGUCAAGAGACACAAUGGAAAGGAUGGAGGACCGGUUGGCAAAGAUUGGGAGAUAUCAGACCAAGUUGACCACCCUGUGCGAGGAGGUCAACAAAUGGAGGGGAGAAUUACCGUUUGUGUUGAGGGUGGACCCAACUGCUCUAGUUGGUUCCCUUAAGAACUUCGCUCCUUCAGAUCCAACUAUCGCCAGGUGGCUAACGUACAUCUGGAUGUUCGACUUCGAGUUGGAACGAAUUCGUGAAAACAAGAAUAGAGCAGACGGGUUGAGUCGAGUCGACUGGGACAAGAGUAACCGAGGAGUGAUCGAGGAUACUCCACCAGUCGACGGGUUUCUGGAUAGUGCGGAGGAUGUGAGACUUCACAUCAACUCCUGGUCAGUGGUCGUAGGUAACUAUGUUACUCUUGGGCGACGUGUGUGGCUCGCGCCUCCAGGGCAUGUACGACGACCAGACCUAGUCCUCAAGCCCUAUAUCGAAGAAGACUCGUGGGGAAUGCCAUGUGUAGAGUGGAUGAUGGAUUUGGCCCUAGCAAACAAGUACCAACUACAUGAGGACCUGCUCACAAUUGAGAAUGGGGCACAGCAGGUGGAAAAACAUGAGAAAUCGGUAGGCGGAAUAUAUCUUCUGGCCAAUGCACUUCUUCAGGACGAGGUGGUUAGGAAUGCGGGACAGAGUCAGGAAGAAGGUGAUAAUGUGAUCCACGAAGGGGAAGAUGAUGAUUUUGAGGAAGGAGAGAUUAAGGAAGCUUUUCGGGCAGAAGAGUAUGAUGGAGUUUAUCUCGAGCUCGGGAUGCUUCUUUCGUGCGAGAUGAGGGAAAGGGAUGCGAGCGAGAAGUUUCUGAAAAUGAGGCCAAACUUUCUAGUAAGGGAUGGCUUGACACCAUUUGGGGCAGCCAUGCCAAGAAGGAGGGGAAGGGCAGGGUCAGUGGAAACCCCUUUGGGGGUGACCAGACAGAGGACGCAGAUAAGGACCAGGAGAGAGGACAUGCCUCCACUUUUCCGGGGAGGGAAUAUUGAGCUGUUCUUGUUUGAGUUCGAGAGGCAUGCGCAGGAGUUUGGAUGGGAUGGGACCAGGAUGUUAAGGGAGGUGCGAGGCGCAGGCGAGUGGGUAGACCCGAUUGCCCUCCUUGUCCGAGAGUCACUAACGUGGCAGGCUUUUGAGAGGAAGAUGGAGGGCUUGCACCCAUCUUCAGUGGGAAGAGAUGGACGGCCCAUUCGAUUUGACUCAGUGGGAAGAGAUGGACGGCCCAUUCGAUUUGACUCUACUAAUCUGGGGGAAUUCAUAUGGGCUUAUGAUCGAUAUGCAGAUGGCCUCAAUGUCACAGGGGAGCAGAGGAUGGGGAGCUUCCUUCUGUAUGUAAGGCGGCACAUCAGAUCCUUUGUCAGAUCUAUUGUGGCACCUGCUACGAACUGGGGCCACUGCAAGAAGUUGCUAUGGAACUACUAUACUCCAGCGCGUCAGGCAGAUGAAAGGAGUAUGGAAAAGAAAAGGAAGGAGCCAGAGGCAGCUGAGAAGAAGACCUUUGAACAUGGUAUGACAUCUGGUGCUCAGAAGGAGGAUGAGAGGAAGGAGCAUAGGCCUCAUAGAUAUGAGAGGAGGGAGGAGCAGCCUGAUGAGAGGACUCAGAGGGGAGGAGCAUCAGGUGGUUCAAGUGCACCUCCUCAACCUGCUCAGAUGGAUGAAGACCAUUCUGGAGAGCAGCCUGUGGAGUUGAAGAACAGGAAAGGAGAGGGCGUUUGCACUCAGAAGGAGGAUCUUCCCCUACUUACAGAGGUUUGGGCCAGCUUUGACAAACUGAUGGAGGCUGCAAGAAGGCCUAGAGAGCAUCAUCAGGAGAUGGGGGUUCAGUUAGUCUCUACAAACUUGCUUAGCCUGAGGGGCCUUAUGAAGGAGGGUCUUGCAGCAGCCAAGGCCUCAGAUCAGAAGGUUGGGGAAAGAUUGACGAAGGUGGCACAGAAAGCCUAUGGCCAGAGGGUGGACUGGGAGAGAGAGAUUGACACCCUCAAGAAGGAGCUGGAAAGGCAAAGCAAGGAGGUGGAGGCAGUGAAGGCAGAGAUGGUGGAGGUCUGGGCUAAGAACGAGGCCAUCAGGCAAGUCAACCAGACCUUUAACAAGGUCAAUGACGUUUUGAGGGCCUAUCUACAGGCACAACAAGUCUCCUUCCAGGCAAAGGAAGCUGAGUGGGAAAAGAGGAUAAAGGACCUGGAGGCCAGCCUGACACUUGGGCCGGAGCCAGCGAAACCAGAGGAGAGGCCACCAGCUGAGGCCAUGAGGAUUGAAGCAGUUCCACCUAUGACUCAGGGAGAGACUGUGGGACAGCAGGGGAUUCAGGAGAGUCUGGGUCAGGCCAUAGUUGAGGCUGAGUUGAGAGGGGAUCUGAAGGUUUGUCAGGAGUCCACCACACCUCAGGAUAUGCCUCUUGUUGCAGGUCUGGAGGAUGCAUCGGGGUCUUGGGCCACUGGUUCUGGGCCAGAAGGGCGAGUCGGUGAGCAGGUGGCGCAGACACAUGACAGAGCAGCAUAUCCCACUCCCCCAGAGGUUCCACAACAGGAGGUCACAAGUAAGGUUAUGACAACCCCCUCAUCUGUGCCCUCACAAGGAGGAGACAAGAUGGAGCAGAAGAAGGUUGGAAGGUGCUUCUACUGCAAGAGAGGCAAGCACCUAGUGCCCCAAGAGCCUCAAGGAUGAGGCGCAUGGCUUGUUUGCUUGGGAUUCAUCUGGGGUACGAAGGGACAGGAAUGGAAACUUGAUCCUGAAGACUCG